AUGAGCAAACGGAGGAGGGUCAGCUUAGAGAAGAGAAGGCCGACGUCGGAGAGGGAGGUGGUCAGGGCCGUCUCGGAGGGCUACCAGCGGGGAAAGGGACCGGACUCGAGCUUGACCCCAGGGCUCAACGAGGAGGCAGUCAAGGCCAACUUCCCAGCAGCUGGAGCUCUCCCAAAGAAGGACGGGCUGCCUUUGUGCCCCUGGCUGACCAGAGCCAUCUCGCCAGCCGUGCCCAUCUACAAUGGGAUCGUUUUCCUCUUUGUGUUGGCCAACUUCAGCAUGGCCACUUUCAUGGACCCCGGUGUCUUCCCUCGAGCGGAUGAGGACGAGGACAAGGAAGAUGAUUUCCGGGCGCCCCUCUACAAGAACGUGGAGAUCAAGGGGAUUCAAGUACGGAUGAAAUGGUGUGGGACCUGCCAUUUCUACAGGCCUCCACGCUGUUCUCACUGCAGCGUCUGCGACAACUGUGUAGAGGACUUUGACCAUCACUGCCCCUGGGUCAACAAUUGCAUCGGGAGACGCAACUACAGAUAUUUCUUCCUCUUUUUACUGUCGCUUAGUGCCCACAUGGUGGGCGUGUUUGCCUUUGGAAUGGUCUUUGUCCUCCACCACCCUGACCAGCUGGGGGCAGCCCACACAGCCAUCACAAUGGCCGUCAUGUGUGUGGCUGGCCUCUUCUUCAUUCCUGUCAUCGGCCUCACUGGCUUCCACAUUGUCCUGGUGGCUCGGGGCCGUACCACCAAUGAGCAGGUGACGGGCAAAUUCCGUGGAGGCGUUAACCCAUUCACUCGAGGAUGCUAUGGAAAUGUAGAGCAUGUACUAUGUAGCCCACUGGCACCCAGCAGAGACUCUCUGCCGGCCCAGGGUUCUGUGAGUCUUCUCCCCGACACCCCCAGAUAUGUGGCAGAGCCCAAGCUGAAGCUGGCGGUGAGCGUGAAGCCCCCCUUUCUGCGCCCUGAUCUCUCCGACAGGCAGGUCUCGGUGAAAGUCAGUGACAACGGAAUCCAGGCCAGCUUGAGCCGCAGCAAGUCCAAGAUCAGUCUGGGAGGGCUGGAUGAAAAGUCCCUGGACCUCCAGCCUCCCCUGCCCCCCAAGGGAGAGCCCGGCAAGUAUACUGAGCUUCAGGGGAGCAGUGAUGAGGGUGGCCUGUCCCCUAAGCUGACCAGCCCCCCAACUCCUGCCAUGUAUAAGUACCGGCCUGGCUUCACCAAUAGUUCCAAGAUUCACUACCACGCCACGGCAGACCAGAUCACCCUCCAGGAUGGCAGCCUGGGGGAGGACGAUGGUGGGACCCUGGACUACCAGUCGGAGCCCAAUCUGGACCUUCCCGACUACCACCGGAGCGCCCUUCACAAGACGUAUCAGUCGUCCCCCCUCCACAUGGAUUCGUAUGCCGCCAACUCCCGCUCCCUGAGCCUGAAGUCAGCCAGCAGGCAGGGCAUGGACCAGGUCGCCCUCCACUCUCUGAAACCCGAGAGAGCCCCCCCGACCCCGUACAAGACCAUCUUUUCUCCCAACUCCCUGUCCAACCGCAACAGCAGCCUCUCUUACGACAGCCUGUUGAACCCCAUGUCGCCGGUAGGCCGCAAGUGUCCGGCCCACUCGGUGGUCAGCUCGGCGGGCUACCACUCGCCCUACCUAUCAGCCAAGAUGUGCCACCUGCGCGGGGGGGAGCUGCAGCGCCCGGGGCCCCGCAGCUUCAGCCCCGUUCUGGGUGGGGGCGCCCCCACUUCACACCCCCGGGACCCUUCGCCCGUCCGCUACGACAACCUCUCCAAGACCAUCAUGGCCUCCAUCCAGGAGCGCAAAGAGAUAGAGGAGCGAGAGAAGCUGCUGCACUCACACCCGGACUCGGUGUUCGGCGACUCCGGCGUCUAUGACACCCCCAGCUCCUACAGCCUGCAGCAGGUCAGCACACUGUCCUCGGACGACCCCCGCAGCCUGGCCCUGCCCUGCGGCUCCCGGGAGAACCUGACGGCGGCCACCAGUGGCUUCGGCUCCAGGAACCCCAUGCUCCAGUCGUCUCUGUCCUCCCUGUCGGGGGUCAUGGCGCGCGCCCCGAGGACUUCCACCACCUCCCUCCAGGCUGACUUGGCCAAUAAUAACAUUCAGAGCCACCAGACACUGCAGGGCCGGGGAACCGGUGGCCCCUACAUGUCCCCAGCCCACCAGGUCCCAUCUUCCCCCUCGGGGAUGCCGCGGUCACCUUCCUAUGGCGGCCCCAAGGCGGUCUCCUUUAUUAAUACUGUGGAAAUCACAGAGCCGCCCCCUCUAGGAGUUCAAAGGGAGCAUAUGUUGCUGAAGACCCCUCAGAGUAUUCUAAACGGACAGUCCAAAGGCCUUCCCAGACUGGGGCCUGGGGCCAGCACCCAGGGGGUGCCCGGAAGCCCUAGCAGACACACCAGUGUUAAGAAGGUGUCUGGAGUAGGGGGGACCACGUAUGAAAUUUCAGUGUGAAGAGGGAGCUUCACUCCAUCCUGGCCUUGUGACCGACGGCACCCUGAAGACCGAAGACUAAGGAGGCACCGCCCGGGGGGCUGCCUGCUGUUUCCCCUGUUUUUCUCUCUCUUCUUCCCUCCGAACCCGCCUUCCUCAAUGGCUCCCCUUGCCCCGCACCCCCAAGGGAAUGGGAUGGACGGUCUGGAGGACUGACUGGCUUGGGAGUCCCAGGAGAGCAGGUGCCCACGUGUGGGUCCAUUCCAGAAGAGGCUGAGAUCCUGGGCCGGAUCUCUCUCGUGUCCCAGGGCACGCGGGCCUGGACAUCAUGCCGGCCGGCCUCUCGAGCGGCCCGAGCUUGUGGCCGUGGCCAGCGGAGCCCCCCGUUUACCGUGCUGCUCUGAAGAUGGGUCCAAACAAAAACCUUUCUCAUCCAACAAGUGCAUGUCUGUGUCUCUGGGUUCUAUAGUCCUUUCCCUAAUGGCCUCAGUGGGUGACCGGAGGUGAGCGUAGGAGAAGGGCGGACCUUAGGAUGGGCCGCAGGAAGACCCCCAUUCGAAGAAGGCAGCUCGUCGGGCACGGGAAGGCCCCGUGUCUCUCCUUGUUCCUCAGCCCAGCCUCCAUCCGAGGGCUCUCUCCGUGCCACCACCUAAUGUGAGGAGUGUGAAGCAGCGGGGUUGUGUCCUGGCCUGCCCAAUGGGGUUCCUUCUGCCACACCCCAAGAGUCGACUUGCCUACCACCUUCCUCAUUCGGCCCCGUUUCUUUCUCUAUUCACACGAGACUUUUUUCCCACAUUGGACGGAGCUCAUCCAGUCCACUCUGAGUUUUUCCAGAUACCUCAUAGGCUGGACCACAAAGAUGGCGGUGGGAGUGAUCCCACGCAGGAUCCAAAGGAAAUCCCUUUAGUUCUCAUCGAUGCUCCCUGUGCUCGGCUGACCAGCGUGUGAGAAAGAAGGCGCAUCCCUCACCGAAACUAUGCAGAAACUGCUUGCCAAGUGUGUGCCCGGGAUGCCAGCCGGGUGCCCACCCCCAGCACAGUCUCGUGGCCCUCCCUAGCGAGCCCCUUGCAUCAGGUCACGGGGGCUGAAGUGGUGACCACGCAGAGGGCAGAGGGGACGGAGGCGUGUCUGCAGGGAUGAGGCGGCACCCACCCACCCGCCUCUGGUGAUACCCUUCCCUGCACCUCUUAAGAAUCCCGUCCCUUGCCUUGACGAUAAAAAGGGAGAAGCCAAGGCUACAGAGGAGAGAUGCCCCCGGACGCCUGCUGCUCUUGGCUCUGGGGGGAAUGGAGGUCUGAACCACGUAGCCGGGUUUCGCUUGAACCAAGUCUCCUGGGGCCUUGCCUCAGCCCUUGAGAUCCCCAGAAUUCUUUGUGGUCUGACUGGCACGAAGAUGCCAGCCGUUCAUCUCAAUCUUCCUGGAGCCGGCAGCCUCGGUGGACACUGGCCUGAUACCAACAUCUGCCAGAGGGCCCAAAGUUGCGGUAUCCAGAACCACUGGCGGGCACCCAGAUGCUUCAGUGAACCCCCCCUCGGCUUGGCACUUGAAAACCCCCAACUUCCUGUUGCUAUUAACGAGUUGCCUUUUCCCCAGCCUUGGUGGUUGUUGUUUUUUUUUCCCCCCAUUACGUUUAGCUUCACAAGUUUGCCCUCCUUCCUUCCCCAAACUCCUCGGUUUCUCAGCUUUGAGAAAGGGGAGAAUGGCGGUCCCCUCUGUAUUUGCCAAAUCCUCCUGUGCCAUGUGUGACAAAGAGGGAUGUGUGUGGAUUUUUCCAGGAUGAGUAGCAAUAGUGUGGAUCCCGCAGCCCUCUGUCCGUGGGUGCCUGUCCCCGGCUCCCUCGUCCUCCCCAAGCAAAUGACUCUGUCGUCUCCGUUCUCUGGUCUUUUAGAAUUU